CUUGACUGUGAAAAGGACCGGUUCUGUUUUUGGGCAGAAAUCCAAACAAGCCACCAGGAUGUUCCAAGACCAACUCAAGGAGAAGGUCCGUCCCUUAAUUGACUUAAUAGAUGAAAUGAGAUACCUUGGGAUAGAGAAGCAGCUGAACCUGCCAGCCAUUGUAGUGGUGGGAGACCAGAGUUCAGGGAAGAGCUCUGUGCUUGAGGCACUUUCAGGAGUGGCACUGCCCAGAGGAACUGGUAUUGUCACUAGAUGCCCACUGUUACUCCAGCUUUGUUAUGAGAAACACAAUGUUUGGAAGGCGGAGAUCUCAUAUCGUGAACAAAUAUAUGAAUUUACUGAACCCUCAAAGGUCGUGAACUAUGUUGAAGAAGCCCAGAAUGACUUGGCUGGAAAAGGAGAUGGGAUAUGCGAAGAACUGAUCACUCUGAAGAUAAAAUCCAAAACAGUAUGUGACCUCACUCUGAUUGACUUACCUGGGAUUGCCAGAGUAGCUGUGAAAGGACAACCGGAGGACAUUGGAGAAAAAAUCAAAGGUCUUAUUCUUAACUACAUAAAGAGAAAGGAAACCAUCAUUUUGGUGGUGGUACCAUGUAAUGUUGACAUAGCAACAACAGAGGCCCUGCAAAUGGCACAACAAGUGGAUGUUGAAGGCACAAGAACUUUGGCCAUUCUAACAAAGCCAGACCUGAUAGACCCUGGAGCCGAGAGGAUCAUUUUGGACAUUGUCCAAAAUAGAACGAUUCCUCUGAAUUUGGGCUAUGUCAUUGUGAAGUGUCGUGGUCAGAAGCAAAUUGAUGAAAAUAUGUCCAUAAUUGAUGCAAUUGAAGAUGAGAAGGAAUUCUUCAAAAGACAUUUGCACUUCAGCUCUCUUGAGGAAAAGACAACCAUCAUUAACCUAUCCAAGAAGCUCACCGUCACCCUUGUUGAACACAUUAAGAAAUCUCUCCCUGAGAUGUCAGAGAAGAUUAAAAAAUUGCUUGGGGAUGUGAGGAAUAAAUUGAAUAAAUUAAAGCAUGAACCUGCCCUGGACCCUUCAGAGAAGAGGAAGCACCUCAUUAAGGUCAUAACAGAGUUCAUUGAAAAGAUAAACCAGCUGUCCAAUGGGGAUAUUAUUACAGAGGAAAACCUGUUUGUCCUCAUGCGAAAGGAUUAUAAACAGUGGAUGGGAAUUCUGACGAACUCUAUAGAAAAUUACCAAAAGCAUGUGCAAGAAGUGGCAGCUGAAUAUGAUAAGACACAUAGGGGAAGUGAGCUGCCAGGUUUCAGUAACUACAAUGUUUUUCGACAAGUUGCUCAGAAACUACUGGGUGAACUUGUGAAUCCUGCAAUGAUGACAGUACACACAGUCAGAGAAAUGGUCCAGAAACAAUUUGAUAUAUUAUCUAAAGAUUGCUUUGAGGGUUAUCCUUUUCUUCAGCAGUUCUCUAAGAGAAACAUUGAAAGCAUCCAGGAUCAGCAGUCACAAAUGGCCAUGGGAAGGAUCAAGGAGCAGUUUGAGAUGGAGAUGUUAGUGUACACACAGGAUGAAAUCUUCAACAUACAGAAUAAAUUGGAUAGCGAAACCACAGACUACACGGAACAAGACAAAAGGACCAAUUACCCUGAACUGCUCAAGGCUUACUAUGAGAUCGUGGUGCAGAGAAUGGGGGACCAGGUGCCAAUGUUGAUCUAUUAUUUCAUCCUGAAGGAGGGAGCCAAAAACGUGUGUAGCGAGAUGCUGUCUCUGCUCUACGAAGAUGACAUUGAUAAAAUCCUACAGGAGGACUCAUACAUUGAAAUUAAUCGUGUAAAGUUGAAGGCCCAACUCGAAUGCCUCUUACAUGCCAAUGAAAAGCUCAACAACCUUUGAAAGGUACUCCACAUUGUCUUCUACAGGACAAGCUGUUGUACUACAUCUACACUGUCAUGGGGAGACAGAAAUCAACAAAGGGCACUUCAUUUAAAAAUAUUAGAGCCUGCAUUUCACUUAUAUUUAACAGAGAUGGGGACAAGUCACACAUGGUCAAGUCCAAGCAAGUCUCAAGUCUUAACCAUCAAAUCUCGAGUCA